AUGUUUACGUCGAAUCGUUGUCUAAUUCAAGCUAUUGAACAAUGUCAGAUAAAUAAAGUUGUUUAUUAUGUUGAACAUGGUUUUAAUAUUCAUGUUUGUAAUUCAUCGGGUGAAAAUGUGUUAGUAACAACUUUGAAAUAUAGUUCAAAAGGAAAACUAACAUAUGAUAAUAGACGAUUAAAAUUAUUUCUUCUAUUACUUUCGUAUAAUAUUAAUCCUAAUAUGUGUGAUAAAAAUGAUAAAAAUGUUUUCAAUUGGGCGUGUACAUUAAAUUGUACACAAGAAGCACUACAUCUAUUAAAAAUGUACCCAGGUGAACUUGAUAUUUUAAAAAUAGAUCAUAGUGGACAAUGUUCACUACAUUAUACAUGUGAACAUGGAAAUUUUGAAUUAAUUAAAGAAAUUGUACAAUAUUUAUUAAAAUUUCGUAUUAAAUUUAAUAUUGAAGAUAAUGAUGGAAAUACACCCGAUAUGUUAGCAAAAAAAAUGGGUUUUAAUACAAUUGAAAAUUAUUUAAAAGAAAAAUCAAAAUUAAUUGUUCAUUCAUCAAUUGAUUCGAACGAUGAACAACAUCCACCAGUUACUACAUUUUCAUCAUUUAUUCGUUCAACAAUAGGUGAUGAUUAUCAAUCAAAACAUCCUUUGAAAACAUUCAAUUAUUAUAAUAAUGAUAUAUUUACUGAACCAAGUAGUGAACUUAAUUCUGCAAAUACAUUUGAAAUGAUAGGUACGAUAAAUACUCGUCAGUCACCAUCUACCGACGAUUGGUAUGAACAAUUACAGAGAAGAAUUAAGAAAGCUAAAUCAAUCAAUGAUUGGAAGACAGUGGCGUCAUUACGUACAUUAAUGAGUAGAAUAUCAAAUGAAGAUGAAUUAAGAAAACAAAUGGGUCUCUCCGCCUUGACAUUAGCCAAUCAGAGCUCUGAUAACAAAGUGGACACAGCAAUUAAAAAAGAAUUGCAUAAAACAACAAAUACAACCACAAUCCCUCCGAUUAAAAAAAAUACACCAGUAUCAAUGAAUAAACGACCGUCAACAGUUGACAAACAAUUUCCAUUAAUUUCAACGGGUAAAACAUCGGAAGAUAGUUUGCAGCAAUUACUAUCCGUAAUUGAGAUUCAAAUGUCAUCAUCUUAUCAAAGAACAUCUGAUCCCAUUAAACGAGCAAGUGUUGAACAACGUCCUUCUCUGUUGAGAUUGCGAGGAAAACGUGAAUCAAACGUUAGUUUGACAGAUCAUCCUUCUCGUACAUCAAGUUCACGAUAUAAUUCCAUCCUAUCGCUUGAUCCCGCGAGUCAUCCAAAAAGUAUUAUAACAACCAAAAGUGUACCAAAUGAGGCUUUUCUUCGUUCUAUAUCGUGCGUAAAAAACUUUUAUUCGCUUCUUAAAGAGAAAUAG